CGGGGGGGUGCGGGGAAGUGGUUGUUGUCGUUGUCGCCGCCGCUGCAGUCAGAGGCGUUGACGGACCUGAGGAGCAGCCGCAGCACGAUGCCCACCGUAGAGGAGCUCUACCGCAAUUACGGCAUCUUGGCCGACGCCAAGGAGACCGCGGCCGAGCACAAAGAUGCUUACCAGGUGAUCUUGGACGGUGUCAAGGGAGGUGCCAAGGAGAAGAGAUUGGCAGCACAGUUUAUUCCGAAGUUCUUCAAACAUUUCCCUGAGUUGGCAGAUUCAGCUAUCAAUGCCCAACUGGAUCUUUGCGAAGAUGAAGAUGUUUCUAUCCGACGUCAAGCAAUCAAGGAAUUACCUCAAUUUGCUACAGGUGACAACCUCCCUAGAGUGGCAGAUAUACUCACCCAACUUCUGCAGUCAGACGAUUCUGCAGAAUUCAACUUGGUUAACAAUGCUUUGCUAAGCAUAUUUAAGAUGGAUGCUAAAGGAACAUUGGGUGGCUUAUUCAGUCAGAUUCUUCAGGGAGAGGAUAUUGUACGAGAAAGAGCCAUCAAAUUCCUGUCCACAAAACUCAAAACACUGCCUGAAGAGAUCCUAACAAAAGAAGUAGAAGAGCUGAUACUGACGGAAUCGAAAAAGGUGCUAGAGGAUGUGACAGGUGAGGAGUUCGUCUUAUUCAUGAAGAUACUAUCUGGCUUAAAAAGCCUGCAGACAGUGAGUGGACGGCAGCAACUAGUUGAACUAGUGGCUGAACAAGCUGAUCUUGAACAGACCUUCAAUCCAGCCGACCCUGAUUGUGUGGACAGACUCUUGCAGUGUACCCGUCAAGCCGUCCCACUUUUCUCAAAAAAUGUUCACUCCACAAGAUUUGUCACUUACUUCUGUGAGUACGUGCUGCCAAAUUUGAGUUCUCUGACCACCCCAGUUGAAGGCCUUGAUAUCCAGUUAGAGGUACUGAAAUUGCUUGCUGAGAUGAGCUCCUUUUGUGGAGACAUGGAAAAACUAGAAUCAAAUUUAAAGAAGCUUUUUGAUAAAUUACUGGAGUAUAUGCCGCUGCCUCCAGAAGAAGCAGAGAAUGGGGAGAAUGCUGGCAAUGAAGAGCCCAAAUUGCAGUUCAGUUAUGUGGAAUGUUUGUUAUAUAGCUUUCAUCAAUUGGGCCGAAAGCUUCCAGACUUUCUGACUGCCAAGCUGAACACAGAGAAAGUGAAAGAUUUUAAAAUCAGACUACAGUAUUUUGCUCGAGGACUGCAGGUUUACAUCCGACAGCUUCGUUUGGCGCUCCAAGGCAAAACAGGAGAAGCAUUGAAGACAGAAGAGAACAAAAUUAAAGUCGUUGCAUUGAAAAUUACAAAUAACAUCAAUGUUUUAAUCAAGGAUCUCUUUCACAUUCCCCCUUCAUACAAGAGCACAGUUACACUCUCUUGGAAGCCUGUACAGAAGUCUGAAGUUGGGCAAAAAAGAGCCAGUGAAGAUGCAGCUUCAGAUUUGCCAGCAAAGAAGGCUCCUGCAGGACCAAAAAGGGAUGCCAGGCAGAUUUAUAAUCCACCCAGUGGUAAAUACAGUAGUAACUUGGGCAACUUUUCUUAUGAGCAGAGAGGUGGUUUCCGUGGUGGACGAGGGAGAGGAUGGGGUGGACGUGGUAAUCGCAGUCGUGGAAGAAUCUACUGAAAUCAAUGGCAUUUUCCAAAGCCAUUACAGCUAAAGCAUCUUUAAAGUUUGAAGGAUUGUCUGGAAGGCUGCAUUGUUUAAAGGACUGCCUUCUGCAAAAGACUGAUUUAAAUGUUCUUAUACCUUUGUAUGUAUGAUCUACUUUUCUAAUGGACUACAAACUCACCCACAGUGAAGCUACAACUGUAUUUUUGGAUGUUUAACAGCUGUCAUUUUGAGUUUGUGUGUGUUUGUGUGUGUGUGUUUUUAAGCAUCCAGAAUUUAUUCAAGAAAAAGCAUGGGUGUUCCAGCGGAAGCUGCUUCAGUACAGAUUUUACAUUCAGCUAUAAAUAUGGCUAAUACAAAGUGGACAGUGUAUAAUAAUCAGAUUCUAGAUAAUGGAUGGAAAUGUCAUAACUGAAGUUGAAAUCAGUAGCAACCUUUCUCCAGACAAAAUAAUAUUUUUUUGCAAUAAGUGGGGAAGAGUGGGAGAAAAGUAGUAUAGGCUGCCAAUGGUGGCAGUGACCAUGGAUAGAAAUCCUUCACUUUUAAAGCCUGCAACAUGGAUGCAAAAGAAUCUAUGCUGUUAUCAUAGGCCAAUUCAUUUACUUGUGUGGGGAACAUGGUGUUAACUUUAACAACACAUCUCACUCUUCUCCAUAUAUUGUAACAUAAUGUGUUUUGCAAAUAGAUUUUUAAUGUUCUCUAUAAAUGUGUGUGUGUAUGCGCAUCUAUAUGCGUGCCAUAAAAUUCGAAUGAAUUGAAAAAAUAAUUGAAAAAAUAAUUGAAAAAAUAAUAAAACUGCUAGAAAUGCAAUCCCAAGAAUGGCAAAUUUGUGAUGCUAUGGCAUUUCAUCAGAGGUUCAAAAUAGACAAGAACAAUAUCCAGACUUUCCUGUUAACUAAGAGUUUAGCCUUUAGCUUUUUGGGGUUUUUUAUCAGUUAAAUCGCUGUGUUUAAAAAUAUUAAGCAUGGCAUUGGACACUUAAAAUUACAGCUAUUCAGUUGCACUUGGGUUAGAACUCAAAUCUCUUGGUAAUACUUAUGUAAUUGUGAAAUCCUUAUUAUAAUAAUAGGAAUACCAGAAACUUUAUUUAAAAUAAUGUGAUGUAUCAAACUUAAUUUUGUCUUUGUUCAGUUUGGCAUUUAAAACAUUUUUAGUUGUUUUUUUAAAGAGUGAGCAUCAUACAAUGUGUAUAUCAGAAACAGAGACAGAAUAGGAAAAACUCUAACAUUGCAGAAACAUUUAAAUUACCCAGCUUCAAGCUUUAUUUAAAGAAUUGCAAAUGUCUUCUUUACCUCACCCUCAUUUUCUAGAAUUUUGGUGUCUAUAAUGCAAACCAAAUUUUGUACAUAAAGGUACUUCUGACAAGCUCUCAGUGUGUAUUGACGAGGAUUAGUUUAUAAACUGGACAAAGAUGUUACCUUAGAUUGCUACAAUCUUUUGUUUCCUAUAGCUAGCACAAGCUUUUCUGGUUUAAAUAGGUCUUUAUGAACAAAAUGGUUCAAAAUAAAUUAAGAGGUCAGUUCCAUAUUUGCUUGUACUAAUGUUUAUGGAAAGGUGAUUUUGAAAUUUCCACAGUUCAAGUGAUUUGAAGAUAUUCUAAUUAAAGGGGUUCAUCUACAUCUCCCAUAGAGCUAUUGCACUUCAAAGUGGCCAGUUUGAAACACAAUUUUAUUGAUCAAAAUAUAUUUUGAGAUACUUACUGUUAAUUCAUUAGUUUAAAUUGAAUGUCACAUGAGUGGACGUCCCCUUGCUCUUAUCCCGUUCCCCCACCUCCACGCAUGUGCCUCCCAGAACUGCUCCAGAGGAUCCCUCAACCCUCUGGAGCAGGUUACUAGGGUGUGUGGGGAGCUGCAGUCGGUAGGGGAAACCCAUUCCACCAACAGUUUCCAUACCACUGGCGAAUAGUUUGGAUUGGAUGCAACUCAGUAUGUUGCUUGUUUUGGCUAUUAUGGCACAUUAUUUAAAAUGUGAAAGCCUAAUUUUUAAGGAUGUUUUAAUCACUGUGCUCUGGUAGCUUGGGGUGUGGGGGAGAGCCCUUUGAGUAACACGCUGACUUCAGAUAUUUCUACCCAGAAAUAAUGUGCAGAUUGUCCUUAGAAAUAGCUAACUUUCAUUUUGUGUUGCAUAUGCAGUGAAUUAUUUUGGAGACACCCAUUAACCACUUCAUUUUAUUUGUAAAAUUUCCUUUAUGCCUUUGCAAUAAAUCCAUUUUGUAAUUUU